UGUUCGGGAACCACAACAAGCGAUUCGGGCGCCGCGGAGUGGAGCAAUCACCCGUCCGUGAUGUCACAACACAACCCCAAUCACGCCCACCCACACUACCACUACCCGUCCCAUACGACGCCGCUGGCUCUGCAGCAGCAGCAGCAUCAACAGCAGCAGCAGCACGGCAGUAGUUGGUACUCACAUGUUGCUUCCUACCCAGCAGCCUCGGCCUCCCACUCCCACCCCCUCUCUCACUCGGCCUUUGGCCCUGCGCCCCCUUGCAAGGCCAACAUCAGCAACAACAACGCAAACAACAUUAUGGGCGCCUAUGGAGGAGGAGUGGGAGGGAGUGGAGGCUCGCAUGGAUAUUUCGGCGCCGCUGGCGGUGGCCUCAAUGUCAGCGGGGCGGGGGGUGGUGCUGGGUCGUCCUACGGCCUUGGGGCCAACACGGUGGCAUAUGCUCACAACCAACUGCUGCAGUACCAGCAUCAUCAUCAGCAAAACCAGCAGCAGCAGCAGCACAUAGGCCUGGGCCAGCGAUCCUAUAUGGGCCACGAUGUCAUGGCCGGGAGCUAUCCCUAUAUCAAGAGCGAACCCUUAGAGGGGUUUCAGCAGCCGCCGAAUCCAAUGGCCCCACCUCCGGCACCAGAAAUGAUGAUAAAAUCGGAGCCCAUUGACGACCUGGCCUACAAGUCAAACUACAUAGACGACAAUACGCCAUUUGCGGACUUCAGCAAGUUUAGCGAAUUCAGCGAGGACAUGCUGAGUCCCAAAGUCGAGCUGACUGUCAAGGAUGAGUCCUUCGUCAGGAACCCCAAUAGCUUUUUACGCCGUAAGCAACAAUCGGAUCUGACGACAGCAGAGAGCCUGCCCGUCUGCCAGCGAUGCAAGGAGGUGUUCUUCAAAAAGCAGACUUACCUGCGGCACGUCGCGGAGAGCAACUGCGGCAUCCAGGAGUAUGACUUCAAAUGCACCAUAUGCCCUAUGUCCUUCAUGACCGCCGAGGAGUUACAACAGCACAAACAACAGCAUCGAGCGGACAGGUUCUUCUGUCACAAGUACUGCGGAAAGCAUUUUGCCACGAUCGCUGAGUGCGAGUCGCACGAGUACAUGCAGCACGAAUACGAAAACAUUGUGUGCAACAUGUGCUCGGGAUCUUUCGCCACGCGGGAACAACUGUAUGCCCACUUGCCACAGCACAAGUUCCAGCAGCGCUUUGACUGCCCCGUAUGUCGGCUGUGGUACCAAACGGCUAUGGAACUGCACGAGCAUCGCCUAGCUGCACCUUACUUCUGCGGUAAAUACUACACAAGUGGACAAUCCCCGGUCCCGUCCUCCCAACAGCAACCGCACCAGAGCCAGACGAACUACAAGCUGCAGGACUGUCAUAUGGCCACCAUGGAAAUGCCAAGCGCACCGCUUCUUAAGACGAACUCAUCCAACUCGCCUGCCUUGCCUGCGACAGCAGCGCUUAAUUCACUGCUGCAGCAGCGCCAGGCCAAUGCCGAUGGAGCGGCUAUUUUUGCCGCAUCUUCGCUGAAGAACGAGGUUGCUGUAAAACUGGAGCGUAGCUACAGUAACUCGACCAACGAAUCUUCUUAUAGCGUCCAGGAGAGUGGCUACAAUAAUGUGUAUGGCAGCAGCGACAGCUCAGUGCACGGUGCCAUCGCCGGACCACAGGCACACUCUUCAACGCUGGACGACUCCGAGGAUGCGCUGUGCUGUGUGCCGCUGUGCGGUGUGCGGAAGAGCACGAGUCCCACCUUGCAGUUUUUCACGUUCCCGAAGGACGAAAAGUAUCUCAACCAGUGGUUGCAUAACCUCAAGAUGUUCCACAUACCCGCUUCCAGCUACGUUAGCUUCCGGAUCUGCAGCAUGCACUUCCCCAAGCGAUGCAUCAACCGCUACUCGCUGUGCUACUGGGCGGUGCCGACGUUUAACCUCGGCCACGAUGACGUAGCCAAUCUCUACCAGAACCGGGAGCUGACCAACACCUUUACCACUGGCGAAGUGGCGCGCUGCAGCAUGCCACACUGUACCAGCCAGCGGGGUGAGAGCAACCUCAAGUUUUACAACUUCCCAAAGGACAUCAAAAGCCUGAUUAAGUGGUGCCAAAACGCUCGACUCCCGGUGCAGGCAAAGGAACCGCGACAUUUCUGCAGCCGUCACUUCGAGGAGCGGUGCAUUGGCAAGUUCCGUCUAAAGCCUUGGGCGGUGCCCACCUUGCACUUGGGCGCCCAGUACGGCAAGAUCCACGACAAUCCGAAGAAUCUAUACGUGGAAGAAAAACGCUGUUGCCUCAACUUUUGCCGUCGGAGCCGUUCUUCUGAUUUCAAUAUGUCGCUAUAUCGAUUUCCUAGAGACGAAGUCCUGCUACGUCGCUGGUGCUACAAUCUUCGCCUCGAUCCAGGAGUGUAUCGUGGAAAGAAUCACAAAAUAUGCAGCGCCCACUUUAUAAAGGAGGCGUUGGGUCUCCGUAAACUAUCUCCUGGUGCCGUGCCCACACUUCAUCUGGGCCACAAUGAUACCUUCAAUAUCUACGAGAACGAACUGUGGCCCCCGCCAACACCGACACCUUCCUCUUGUCAUCUCCAACAGCAACAGCAGUCAUCUAUGCAUUCGCUACAACAGCAGAUGCAUAGCAAGUCCUAUCAGCGCCGUUCGGUGGCAUCCACUUCGUCAUCGGCUAGCUCCGCAGCUUCGCAUUAUGUGGACCCGGAGAUGAGCGCCUCUUACCAUCUAGCCAUGUCCGCCUCCGCCGGAGGCUCUUCGGCCAUAAACGCUAGUGACAGCAUGGACGUCUGUUGUGUGCCCAGUUGCGAGAGCAAGCGACACAAUAGCGAGAACAUUACAUUCCACACGAUUCCGCGACGGCCCGAGCAGAUGCGUAAAUGGUGUCACAAUCUUAAAAUUCCCGAGGAGAAGAUGCAUAAGGGCAUGCGAAUCUGUAGCCUUCACUUCGAGCCCUACUGCAUCGGUGGCUGUAUGCGACCGUUUGCUGUGCCAACCCUUCAGUUGGGUCACGACGACGAGGACAUUCACCGCAAUCCGGACGUGAUCAAGAAGCUGAACAUCCGGGAGACAUGCUGUGUGGCUGUAUGCAAACGGAAUAGGGACAGGGACCAUGCCAACCUGCAUCGUUUCCCUAGCAACGUGGCGUUACUAAAGAAGUGGUGCGCCAAUUUGCAACGCAGCGUGCCCGAUGGCAGUAAGCUUUUCAAUGAUGCCAUCUGUGAGGUGCACUUUGAGGAUCGCUGCCUGCGCAACAAGAGGCUUGAGAAGUGGGCAGUACCUACUCUGAUCCUGGGGCAUGAGGACAUCGCCUAUCCGCUGCCCACCCCAGAGCAAGUCACUGAGUUCUAUGCCCGGCCCACGGCUCCUAACAACGGCGAGGAACAGGGCGAGUGCUGUGUGGAGACUUGCAAGAGAAAUCCUAGCGUGGACGAUAUCAAACUAUACCGCCCGCCGGAGGAGGCCACCGUGCUAGCCAAGUGGGCGCACAACCUGCAAACGGACGCCAACCAACUGACAAGCAUGAGGAUCUGCAACCUUCACUUCGAGGCGCAUUGCAUCGGCAAGAGGAUGCGACAGUGGGCCAUACCGACUUUGAAUCUAGCCGGCAACAUUGAGAAUCUUUACGAGAACCCAGAGCAAUCGUUGCUGUACAGGCGACGCACGACUCACUUGAAGACGAAGCUGCCGCCAGCCUCCGUGAAGCCCACUUGGGUGCCCAGAUGCUGUCUUCCACACUGUCGCAAAGUCAGAGCCCUGCACAAUGUCCAGCUCUAUCGCUUCCCCAAGCUCAAUCGCUCCACAUUGGCCAAGUGGGCGCAUAAUCUCCAGGUCCCAAUGGUGGGCAGUGCCCAGCGCAGGCUAUGUUCGGCCCAUUUCGAGCCGCAUGUGCUUAGCAAAAAGUGUCCGGUGCCGCUGGCGGUGCCUACGCUCGACCUAAAUUCACCACCCGGCUUAAAAAUCUAUCAGAAUCCGGCCAAGCUAAAGGCCAGCAAACUGUGCCUGCAACGAGUUUGCAUCGUCGAGAGCUGCCGCAAGACGCGGGCGCAGGGCGUGCAGCUUUUCCGGCUGCCGCAUAGUCCUACACAGCUGCGAAAAUGGAUGCACAACAUAAGGACGCGGCCACGAGCAGCUAUGCGGGCUCAGUACCGAGUUUGUUCUCGCCACUUUGAGACGCACUCAUUCAAUGGCCGAAGAUUAAGUGCAGGUGCCAUACCGACUCUGGAACUGGGCCACGAUGGCGACGAUAUCUAUCCCAAUGAAGCGCAGGCAUUUGUGGACGAGCAUUGUGCUGUGGAGGGCUGCGAGGCAUCUAAGGAGCAACCGGAGGUGCGUCUUUUCCGCUUCCCCACCGACGACGACGAUAUGUUGUGGAAGUGGUGCAACAACCUCAAAAUGAAUCCGGUGGAUUGCAUUGGGGUACGCAUCUGCAACAAGCACUUCGAGGCCGAUUGCAUCGGUCCUAAGCACCUGUACAAGUGGGCCAUUCCUACGCAGGAGUUGGGCCACGAUGACGCGCAGAUCGAGCUGAUCCCGAAUCCCAAACCAGAGGAGAGGUAUGUGGAUCCCGUCUUCAAGUGCAUCGUACCCACCUGCGGCAAGACUCGACGGUUUGACGAGGUGCAAAUGAACAGCUUUCCCAAGGACCCGGAUCUAUUCGAGCGAUGGCGGCACAACCUGCGCCUGGAUCAUCUCAGUUUCCAGGAGCGUGACCGCUACAAGAUCUGCAACGCUCACUUUGAGGAGAUCUGUAUUGGAAAAACACGGCUCAACAUCGGUUCCGUUCCAACCUUGGAACUUGGUCAUGACGAUGAGGAUGAUAUUUUCCAAGUGAACCCAGCGGAGCUUCAAAGCAAUUUAUUCGGGCGACAGCGUCGACUGCAGCUCGAGGGAUCCGGCGAACUGAGGGUCAAGCAAGAGCUAUCCGAGACAGAGGACAACAACAAAGUGGAUGUGAUGGUCACAGGCUCCAAUUCCAAGCAGGUGAAAAUCAAGAGAUCUACUUCGGAUCUAAAAUGUUGUGUGCACAGUUGUGGAAGAAGUCGCUUGGAGCACGGUGCACGUCUGUUUCCUUUUCCUACGGGCAAGCAGCAGCACCUAAAGUGGCGUCAUAAUCUGCACUUGGAACCAGAGGAGGUGGACCGAUCGACGCGCGUUUGCAGCGCUCACUUUAAUCGACGUUGCAUCGAUGGCAAACAACUGAGGAGCUGGGCGAUGCCCACCCAACAACUGGGACACAACGACCAACCGAUCUACGAGAACCCGAAGAACAUACCCGGUUUUUUCACACCUACCUGUGCCCUGGGCCACUGUCGCAAGCGAAGAAGUAUUGACAACGAUCUGCGUACCUAUCGGUAUCCUAGAAGCGAAGAUCUUCUGGAAAAAUGGCGAGCUAACCUACGAUUGGCUCCGGAUCAGUGUCGUGGUCGGAUCUGUGCGAAUCACUUCGAACCGCAGGUGCGGGGCAAGCUUAAGUUGAAGACGGGAGCGGUUCCCACACUACAACUGGGACACGACGAGGGAUUGAUCUACGACAAUGAAGCUAUAAAGGCUGGCAUGGCCGAAGAAGAGGAGAGCAUAACCACAGAGUUCCCGAGACUGAAACCAAAAGAGGUGCUCGAAGAGGAGGAGGAGGAGGGUGAAGGAAUUGAUGGCGAGCAGGAGCACCCAGAUGACCUGGACGACAAUGCCGAUGAAGAAGACAGAGAUGAACAUUAUUUUGAUCCUCUUGAACUAGUAGAGACUUUUGCUGAACAUCGUAGCGAUGACGAAGCCCAGGACUAUGAGGAUGAAGAAGACGAGGGUCGGGUUGAGGACUCCCCUUCCAGGUACGAUUUGAAGGAGGAGAUAGAACAGCUUCCAAGCUCCCCACCUUCCCCUCUUCCCCGGCGUUACCAAGCUCCGCGUCGAGACAAGCCGGCUAACAACGUAACGCCCAUUUGCUGCCUGAAGCACUGCAGGAAGGAACGUACUGCCUUCCACCUCCUGAGCACUUUCGGAUUCCCAAAGGAUCGUCAGUUGCUGCUAAAGUGGUGUGCCAAUUUGCAUCUAAACCCGGACGACUGUAUCGGUAGGGUUUGCAUUGAGCACUUCCAGUCGGAGGUACUCGGCACCCGUAAGCUUAAGCAGAAUGCCGUGCCCACCCUUAAUGUGGGACAUGAGGAACCGCUUAGAUACUCGUGUCAUGGCGUGGAUCAGAAUCUCGAGGAGCGGGACCCGCAGCCACAGCAUUCGGUUUUUCGGCUUUGGAGCCUGAAACACUGCCGAAAAAGGAAGCUAACGGAGCCGCCGGAUAUUCCCCUAGCCAAGAGGAGAGCGCAGGAGAUGCCUAUGUUGAAACGAGAGUGGGAGAUGGAGAUGCCGAUGCCAAUGCCGAUUCAGAUGCAGAUGGAGCGGAAGAAUGAGGCAAAGAAUAUAACUCAAACUAAAAAUGAAUCAUAUAUAUGCUGUAUCAGCAGUUGCGCAAACCAGGAAAUUAGCCAACUGCUGGCUUUUCCCGAAGAGAAGUUCCUGCUAAGAAAGUGGAGACAUAAUUUAAGGAUGUCUGAGACUGACCCUACUUCUCUAAGCCUGAAAAAAGUUUGUGUGGCGCACUUCGAUUCGCAGCUGUUGGAGAAUGGAAAACUCAGGAAGGAUGCAGAGGCAAAAGCUGUGCCCACUGUGAACGUGGGCCACAGCAGCUGGAACCUUUACAGAAGCAAUGGGAUCUGUCUGGUGCCAGAAUGCAGCCACACAACCUUCGGACGCGUAAGCUUCAUCGACCUGCCGGAUAACAGCAUAAUUAGGGACGCUUGCUUCUCCUGCCUCAAUCUACCUGAAUCCUGCGAGGAGCAGGCGAGACUAUGUAGUAUCCACUUUAUGGAGGCAUACAAGAAGUUAGAUCUUCCUAAUGUUCUGCACCCCCAAGUAAUAGAGGCUCUACAAAGUGCUCUGGACGAAAUGCAAUGUGCGGUACCCGGCUGUUGUUAUAAGGAUGCUGAUCCGAAUAUUUACCUAAUCCAGCUUCCCGGUAACAAGGAGAUGCUGUCGAAGUGGCUGCACAACACCAAGGUCCCCUACGAUCCUUCUAGGCGCCAAAGCUAUCGUAUCUGCACGAACCACUUUGAAUUAGAUUACUUGGAUACGAAUGGCCCGCUAAAGGGGGCUAUACCGACGCUCCACCUAAACCAUGAAGAUGAGAUUCACUUAAAUACUAGGCCCUUGCCAGAGGAGCAGGGCUCUAUAUUAACUCCACUGCGGAUAAAGACGGAUGUGGCCUUCCUGGGCAGUCCCUGUGCAAGUGCAAGCCCCAGUCCACGGGGCAGAAUCCGGAUAUGCUGCAUUCCCACAUGUGGACAGAUUGGAAGCAGUCAAGUGAGGCUGUUUCGUUUUCCCACCGAGGAGCAGGCGUUGCUCCGGUGGCUGGUGAACACACAACAGCAGCCAAGACUGGUAGAUCCCACGGACUUGUACGUGUGCCAGUCGCAUUUUGAGCCGGAGGCCAUUUGCAAGAAGCAACUUCGAAGCUGGGCUGAGCCCACACUAAACCUGGGACACGACGGUUAUGUAAUUCCAAAUGCCAAACAUAAUGGAAAUAUUUCGGACAGCCAAGAUACUGAGGAAGCAAUGAGAUUUAUUCGGGAACGCUUCUGCUCAGUCAUUUCUUGCUUUCAGGCAGGAGGACAGGAUGAGGAGGGAGUGAGGCUAUUUGACUAUCCCGAGGAUAUGGCGGCUACUCGAAAAUGGGCAGCCGCAUGCAGACAUCGCUCUAUGCAGGCCAGGAGCCAUGGCUUCAAGGUGUGCCAGUUGCACUUCGCUAAGGAAUGCUUUGACCACAAUACUGGAGACUUGAUUGAGGGUGCUGUGCCCACUUUGGAGUUGAGCAGAGAUGAAAUGGAGAGGCAAUGUCUUGUGGCUGGAUGUGUAAAAAAUGAUGCCAAUGGAACUCGCCUCCGCUACUUUAAGAUACCAAAAGUUGCUGCCCAAUUGGAAGCGUGGAGCAAUAACCUUAAAAUCCCUCCAUCGGAUCUCAUGCAAGGGGAGCAGCAGUACAUCUGCGAGAAACACUUUGAGGCGUUCUGCUUCGGGGCCAAUAAAGGACUGCGUUCUGGUGCUCUUCCAACCCUCCUGCUAGGCCAUGAUGAGGAGGUGGAUAUGCUUCCAAAUCCGGAAAGCCUUUUAUGCCAGGAUACGUGCUGCGUACCGGGAUGCGGGCGUAUCUGGCAGACUGGGGAUCGUAAGUUUCGCGGAUUUCCCAAAUUAUUGGCCAUGGCCAAAAAAUGGAGGCAUAACCUUCGUCUGGUAGAGCCCGUGGAGCAACUAGCCAAGCUGAAGGUCUGCAGUACUCACUUUGAAGCAACCUCACCCAACCUGGGCUCAAAUGGAUUAUGUUCUAGUACCUCGAUACCAACCCUGGAAUUGGGUCACUCUUCUCCGGAUAUUUACCCAGCGGAUAUCAGCUUUAAGUUCCAAAAGCGGUCCGGAAUGCCGGCGAAAAUUUAUUGUUGUUAUCCCAAGUGCGAGGAAACCUGUUUGCCCAAGAAUCUCUCUUACGGGCUUCCCCAGGACGAGCAUCUAAGGAAAGCCUGGCUAAACCAUAUGGACAUAGAAGAUCCGAAAGACGAAGGAGUCGCUCUGCUUUGCCCGCUGCACUAUGUCAUUCUAUAUCAGCACAGUGCCACACACCAUCCGGAGCAUCAUGCUUCAAGCAGAAUGUUUCUUGAAGACAACUACAAUGAAGCGCGGAACAACAGGCGUUUGAAGAUUGUGAGCUGUACGGUCAAGGGCUGUGACAUGGUUAAGCCCCGGGAUGGUGUAGCACUGCACGGGAUGCCGCAAAACAAAGACAUUCUGCAAAUGUGGAUAGACAAUGGCCAGAUUGAGUUCUUAGAGCAACAGCGGUACAUGUUCAAGGUGUGUCACAAUCACUUUGAGCCAUGCUGCUUCUUCGACGACAGACGUUUGCACUCAUGGAGUGUGCCCACUUUACGCUUACCUGGCGACGUAAUUCAUCAAAAUCCUACCGCCGAGCAGUGGCAGAGCAUGAUUAAGAAGCAAGAAGCAGCAAACACAUACGCAGAAGAGAGCGAUGAGCCAGAGCCAUUUGAGGACGUAGUUAAAACCGAGCCCAUUUUGAAGAUGGAGCAUAUCGAAUCGGAAUAUGAAGAUGAAAACCCUGAGAUGCAAGCCCUAGAGGUCCUCCUAGAAGUUGGCCAUGUCGAGCGAAUGGAGAGUUAUGAAAAAAUUGAUAAAUCACCUUUGAUCUACAACGAUAAUGCACCUUUUCGAUCUUCACCCAUACGUUGCCAAUACAAUGCUAAUCACUGUGCCGUAGAAGGAUGUGAGGUGACUGUUGAGGAUGUGGACGGCACGAUUAAACUGCACAAAUUCCCCGCGUCGCAGGAAGCCGCACAGAAGUGGAUGCACAACACCCAAGUUGACAUGGACGAAAAGUUCUGGUGGCGCUACCGCAUAUGCAGUUACCACUUUGAUCAAGAGUGCUUUCAGAGUGCUAGAAUUCGAAAAGGCGCGAUGCCCACGCUUCUGCUAGGACCUCGGCGACCGGAAACGGUGUACGAUAAUGAAUUUGCACUACCAGAUGGGGAAGAACCUUUUCUAGAGCCACCGGAGACUCAGCUUGAGGAUACUAUGACUGUGGCGUCCAGACUUCGAAAGGAGGUGUCUAAUUUAUGCCUGCCCCCACGGGCGCCGCCUCGAAAGUCAAGCAAGUUCUGCCAGAUUGAUUCUUGCACGAACCAUCUAAACACUGAGAACAUGACUCUUCACAAGUUUCCCCAUUCGGAGGACAUGUGCCUCAAAUGGCAGCACAACACGCAAGUCCCAUUCGACCCAUACUACCGUUGGCGUUACCGCAUUUGCAGUGCGCAUUUUCAUCCGGUCUGUUUGGUCAAUAUGCGUCUGGUCCAUGGAAGCGUUCCCACUUUAAAGCUGGGACCCAAGGCUCCUUCCGAGCUGUUUGACAACGAUUUCGAAGCCAUUAACCUAAGGUUGGAUAAAAGGUUGACAGAGUCCAAUGCUAAUGUGUACAUUAAGCAUGAAAGGGAAGAGGAUGAGGAUUCUAUGGUGUUCCUGGAGCCGGAACUCCAGUUACACGAUGAUCAAGACGAUAAGAUAUCAAGCUGGAACAGCAAACUACAAUUACAACCUGUGAAGCAAGAGAAAAUUGUUUACAGCCAGAUCAAGUCUGGCUAUGAUAAGUGUUCCCUGGCUCACUGCCAGCGCCAAAGGUCCCAGCAUGGCGUCCACAUUUAUAAGUUUCCCAGAUCGAGGCGGCAACAGGAACGUUGGAUGCACAAUCUACAUAUUCGCUAUGAUGAGCGGACACCGUGGAAAUUCAUGAUCUGCAGCGUUCAUUUUGAGCCGCACUGUGUCAGCCUCAGGAAGCUGCGACCUUGGGCUGUGCCCACACUGGAACUUGGUGACAAUGCACCAGCAAUCUUUUCGAACGAACAGUGCGAGAAGGAGCUGCUGACCGAUCGCAGUGAUCUGGAUAGCGAUGCGGAGGACGAAGACGGCUUACAGGAGGACGACGAUGAUGAAGACGAAGACGAUGUGAAGCCCGAUGUAAUUGGCAUAAAAAGGAGGAGACGUUUUAAGAUAGAUUCCACCUGCCCUUCAAGCCAGAUUGCACCCUGGAAAGUUAAACAAUGCUGCCUCCCCUAUUGUCGUGCCUUUCGAGGGGAUGGCAUCAAACUGUUUCGGCUUCCGAACAACCGAAACUCCAUUAGCAACUGGGAAAGGGCCACCGGCAUGGUAUUCAAAGAGUCGCAAAGGAACACUCGACUAAUCUGCAGCCGUCACUUCGAGCCAGAGUUGAUUGGAGUCAGGCGUCUAAUGCGUAACGCCAUUCCCACGAAGCACUUGAGCCCUCAAGCAGUUAACCAGAUCCGUACUAAAAAGGAGAAGAAUCCUCCUGCCACUAUUAUACCCAUCUGCUGCAUGGCGGACUGUCACUACAAUGGAAAUGUGAAGCUGCACAAGUUUCCAAGUGAUCCUACUCUUCUCAGACAGUGGUGCCAGGCUCUCCGGCUCACUGAUACGCAACGGUAUUUGGGCAAGCAUUGCUCCAUGCACCUGCCAAUGAACAAGACGUUGAGUUGUGUCAUCUGCGGUGGGGACAAUGUAGAGUUGCCGAUGUUAAGGUUUCCGGAAAACCGCAACCAGCGCGCCAAAUGGUGUUAUAAUCUCAAAAUUGAUACAAUACCAAAGUGGGACCACUCCAAGCACAUUUGCUGCCGGCACUUUGAGUCCCAUUGCUUCGACAAGCCGGGUGAGCUUCGUCCAGGAGCGGCUCCCACGCUCCAUCUCAAUCACGAUGACACAAACAUAUUCUUCAGCGACUAUGCCACUGGUCUUCCGUCCUCGCCACUAGGCAAUCGAAUCAAAGACGAGCCCCUGGAAUCUGAGUCCGACGAGAUGCUGCUGGUGUAGUCUCCCCUGUUCCCACUCGAAAUCAUUUUAUUCUAGGUUUUAGCUCUACUAUUUUAUAGGCCCUUUUGUACAUUUCUCGUACCCGUGCCACACACAUCACGUCUUCUAGUUUUUACCAAGUAGUCUCUACCAUCUACCAGUGAUUUUAAUGCGUUAUUUAUUCGUAAGUGACUUAAGGAAAAAUUGCCAUACAUUGAAACGUAUAACACGAAAUGUUCCUUAAGUUUUUGUUUUUACUUUUAUACAUAAACACAUACAUAUGUACUGCG